AUGUUGACUUACUUACAGACCCAGACGGAUGAAGACGGCGCGCUCGACUACUGGGUCGACUAUCUGGACGGGACAGAGCCAUGUUCUUUCCCUGUUAUGAACGACAACCAAGCAGGCGGUGCCGGGUCUUUCCACGUCUCGGAGAUGCCUCUUGAUGUUGGUCUAGACGACAUUCGCGUCUUCUGCCAAAGGCAUAAUGCGACCAUAUCGAAUGUGCUGCAAGCUGUCUGGGCUCUUGUUCUUCACGCUUACACGGGCGACCCGGAUAUCUGCUUCGGUUACCUCUCUUCCGGGCGAAGUCUACCGAUUCCUGGAGUGUCUCAAAUCGUUGGGCCGAUGAUGAACUUGCUAGUCUGCCGCGUCGGCGGAAUCGACAACAUGUCGCUCCAAGGUCUUCUCCAUACUAUCAGAGAAGACUUUUUAAACGCGCUACCACACCAAUGCUUCUCUAUUGGCAAGGUGCAGCGGAUACUCGGAACCAACGAAACCAAGCUAUUCAACACCAUCGUAACCUCGUAUUACUCGCCUUCCAUGUCCGACGCCACCGGCAGCACGUUUUUCAGGCUACUCUCGUCCCAUAAUGCCUCCGAUUUCGAUAUUGUGCUAAAGGUUGUCUACUCGGACUCGGAGAUUCAAGUGCGACUCGCUUAUUCGACCGCCACGUUAUCGUCGGCAAUGGCAAGCAACGUAUCGCAUACGUUUUCAAGCAUCUUAUCAAGGUUGAUUGAGAUGGACGAUGUGCAAGCUACCAUCGCUACAACAACCGCGAUUAGCAGGUGGGACAUGCAGCAAGUCGCAACGUGGAACUCACGUAUGCAUGCUCCGCUGCCUGGUCCUCGAUUGACCUGCAUCCAUUGCCUGAUCGAGAAUCAAGUGCGGCUUCAGCCUGAUGCGCAGGCAGUCCACGCGUGGGAUGGACACAUGACCUAUAAAGAGCUCAAUGAAGCUGCUUCCAGUGUCGCUCAAGAGAUUUUGCAGCGGGGUAUUGGACCUGGAGCUUUUAUCGCGCUUUGCUUCGAGAAGUCAAAAUGGUAUUCCGUCGCCCUUCUCGGCGUCUUGAAGAGUGGUAAUGCCUUCGCGCCUGUUGACAUCUCGAAUCCCGAAAAUCGGCGACAGGAGAUCCUGCAGCAAUUGGCAAUCUCCACAGAAACUGGACUUGCCAUCUGCUCGAAGCAACGAGCGCCAUCAAUCAAGCAUAUGGUCGGUCAGGUCCUUCAAUUGGAUCUAGACCAGGCCACUCCGAAGAAAGACCAUACUAUUCCGCUACAAUCUAUUUCUCCCGACAGUCCAGCCUACGUCAUCUUCACCUCCGGUUCUACGGGCAAGCCAAAGGGAGUCGUUGUGGAACAUCGAGCAUAUGCAUAUGCGGCUCAAGCUCAUAGCGAUGGAAUACACAUCAAUUCCACUUCGAGAGUCCUUCAGUUUGCUUCCUAUGGGUUUGACACGAGUAUGGAAGAUCAUCUGACAACUUUCGCCGUCGGUGCCUGUCUAUGUGUUCCACGUGAGAACGACCGGUUGAGCUGCCCAGACUUAGCCAGGUUUGCAUCAGCGUCAGGGGCAAAUUGGGCACAUCUCACGCCUUCAUUCGCCGAGAUGUUCACGCCGGUUACACUACCGACGAUGAGAACCAUGGUUCUUGGUGGAGAGGCAAUGACUGCGAAAAACAUUCAGAGCUGGGCCUGUCGACCACACACAGAACUCAUCCAGGUUUACGGCCCAUCGGAGUGCAGCGUGACUAGCACAAUCAGUCCGCCAUUCACAAAAGACAUCAGCCCUACUGCCAUUGGGUUCGCCGUUCCCGGGUGCGCAGCAUAUGUUGCUAGGCCUGAUGACUCAAGCAUCCUUCAAGCUAUCGGUGCAGUAGGUGAGCUCCUGGUGGAAGGUCCAAUUCUUGCAAGGGGUUACCUGGGCGAUCCUGCACAAACAUCAACCUCGUUCGUUGAGGGCCUUGAUUGGGCACUUGGUAGAAGACUUUACAAGACCGGCGAUCUAGUCAAAUACGACUCUGCUGGUCAACUUCAUUUUGUCGGGCGAAGAGAUGGGCAGGUCAAGCUCAGGGGUCAGAGAAUUGAACUGGGAGAAAUUGAGCGACAGUUGAUCCUUGAGCCCAGAGUGCAGCAUUGUCUCGCCGUUGUUCCGAAGUCUGGGCCUUGUGCGAAGAGAUUGGUGGCCGUCGUCAUGCUCAAUGGCUCAAUUGUAGCGCCGCCCUCAAGCAUGUCUGCAUCACCUAUCAAGAUCCUGAACGCACCUUGGCUUGAGCAUAUCAACUGCAUGAGAGGGUUUCUUCUUGACAAGCUACCACCCUAUAUGAACCCAGAGCUAUGGUUCAUUCUAGAAUCCCUGCCAAGAAAUUCUUCGGGGAAACUCGAUCGAAAGGGGGUGAUUCAGUAUCUUGAAAGACUUACUCCAGAUGAGUUCGCCGGAUUGUUGCCACGUAUGGACGACGACAGCACUAAAAGAGAUGGUACGGAGCUGGAGACGAGGUUAAGGAGCAUCUGGAGUGAGGCUCUGAAUGUCAGCGAGGACGAAAUUCGCUGGAACACCUCAUUUUACCACCUCGGUGGAGAUUCCAUCUCGGCCAUGACCAUUAGCAGUAUGGCGAGGCAGACUGGGAUGAACAUAUCGGCUGCAGAUAUCCUUCGGUACCGGUCAAUUGAGCGCCUAGCCAAAUCAAUUGGAGCAGCUGCCUCGCCAGUUCCAGCUCAGAUUAACACGUCCAUGGAUCCAGCAGGACCGCAAGCUUUUGUCCUUUCUCCCAUUCAGAAACUUCACUUCCAUACGUCGCCCAAGGGAGACGAUCUUGAUCAGCAGACCAUGGUCGUUGAAGUCACCCAGGCCGUAGACCAGCAAGAACUGCUGGCGGCCCUGGAAACCCUCUUCAAGGCUCAUCCAAUGCUCUGCGCGCAGUUCAAGUGUCGCGAUGGCGAAUGGACGCAAUAUCUACCUGUUGGAUCUGCCAUUAGCGUCGUUGACUACUGUCGCAUAAGGUUCCACAGUCGGAAACAGCUCAACUACGUUGUCGAGUGCAUCAGCGAGGCCAAGAGGUCAAUCCAUCUCUCCAACGGUCCUCUCGUGGCCGUGGACUUAUUUGAGUCUCAGGGUCGGACCCUCCUAUCUAUGACAAUCCAUCACCUUGUCGUAGAUGCAGUGUCGUGGCGGAUACUCUUGCGCGAGUUGGAGUCAUACCUCCUCUUCGAGACGCCGAUCGCAGACGAAGCAACAUCAUUCCAACAUUGGACAUUAGAGCAACAUCGCUUCUCAUCGAACUUACUACCACACAGCGUUUUGCCUCCGUCGGCUCAUGCUCUUGCCACUGAUUUGUCAUUCUGGGGCAUGGCAGAUGAGAGGAACUGUUUCGGGGACUGUGUUUCUCAUACCAUCACUCUCGACUCAUAUAUCUCUGAACAACUGGUUUCAGCGCAGGGAGUGCCUGCACGAGGAGCUCAUGAUUUGUUGUUGGCCUCUGUUAUUGACUCGUUUGUUGAGAUUUUCGAUCGCUCCCCUGUUUUGUUCAUUGAGUGUCAUGGACGAGAAAUCUUCGUUCCUGAGGUGGACCCGUCUACCACUGUUGGCUGGUUCACGACUUUCUCUCCCAUCAUCGCAAACGGCCACGGCAACAUUCUCAACGAUGUCAGCGAGUUCCGAGGCGUUCGAGCACCAUCAUCCAUGGAGGUAACUCUCAACUAUCUCGGGGUUUUCCAGCAAUUCGAGAAAGACGGCUCUUUGUUCAAGAGAUGUAGCGACGAGAUCCAGGAGAGGAUCUCGGGCCUCAGAAACCAGCAACGUGCAGGGUCAUCGAGAUAUGCCCUGAUUUCAAUCUUGGCAUCCAUCAAAGAUAAUCAGCUGUCUCUGCAGGUUGAGUGGAACUCUCGGAUGCACCACCAAGAUCUAUUGGUAGGUUGGCUCCAUCAAUUUGAACAAAGUCUGAGGACAUUUGCUAGCGGCCUCGCGGACGAACACCAGCGCUUGCCUCCAUCCCCUUCGGAGCCUCUGGUUACCUCAGUUGGACUUCAACGCAAGGACCUCAACGCCGUCCUCAAUCUCGCUCAAUCCCGUCUCGGCAUCACGCGUACCGAGAUAGAAUCAGUCCUUCCUUGCUCUCCAAUUCAAGUUAGCCUCAUACUGUCGCAGCUGAAGGGUCCAAGCAAUCAGUACAGCCAGCACUUCCUUUUCAAGCUGUCUGGGUCAAUGCCACUCAAUCCUAAUGACCUCAUAGCAGCCUGGAAGCAGAUUAUUGCGACGCACCAAACAUUGAGAACUGUCUUCAUUGAAGAUGCGUUUGGGAGGUUUCUUCAGCUCGUGUUGAAGGCUGUCGACAUCGAGAUUCAGGUCCACAGGCUUCGGAGCGAGAGCGAUUUGCCAACCCUAUGGGCGGAGCAGUCAUCCUCGGUCGCAACUAAACCUUUGAGCGGCAAGAUACUCCAUGAGCUUCAGUUGUACACCGCAGAUGACGGUUCUGUAUACUGUCUUUUGGACAAAAAUCAUAUCAUCACUGACGGAACGACUUCUCGCCUCUUGAUUCGAAAUUUCCUGGCUAUUUUGAACAAUCGCCCGCAACACGAGACCUACCCGUAUUCCAAUUACAUCGACUAUGUCGAGAAGCAAGAUACCUAUGAGAUCGCACAAUAUUGGUGCCGCUACUUGGAUGGGGCACCGUCAUGUCUGUUUCCAGUACUACGUCAACAUCGAUCGUCAUCAGUUCAAACUUCCGAGUUUACCCGCACAUCUUCCACUUUUCCCAAGCGCGAUUUAAGCUCAGCAUGUCGAAAGUUGGAUCUCACAAUUCCCAUCAUAUUCCAGGCCGCGUGGUCAAUGGUUUUGUCCACAUAUUUGAACUCAGACGACGUAGUCUUUGGUCUCCUCGGCCACGGUAGAGACAUCCCGAUUCAGGGGGCGUCAGAGAUCGUGGGCCCGAUGGCCAAUGUCGUGCCCGUCAGAGUACAACUAAGUCCGAGGACGACAAUCUCGAAGAUCUUGACUAGAUUGCGAGAGGAUAUUAUUGAUCAUCUCACCAAACAGGCAGUUUCUUUGGCCCGGAUCCAACAUGCAGCCCGACGCAGUGGAGAUGCCUUAUUCAACACGAUUUUCAACUUCCAAAAGACGACCGCAACGCCAGAAUCGGAGAGGAUCAAAUCGGAGCUACUAUUUGUGCAUGACACAAGCGAGUUCGACAUCGCCUUGUGUAUCACCGAAGAUCCAGGGCAGUUUCAUGUAACCAUUGAGACUGCAACAUACUUCAUGUCUGAACUUCAAGCGGAGCGCAUUCUAGCUGUCUACUUGAACGCCGUGCAAGCUAUAAUCGACGACCCAGAGGCCCAGAUCUCGAAGAUAUGCCUCACCAGCGCACUGGAUGAGAAGCAGAUGCAGGAAUGGAACUCGUCUCAGCUCGAGAUCAAUGGGCGUUGUGUCCACGACAUGAUCUCAGAGACAGUCAACAGACAACCCUCGAGGCCAGCCAUCUGUGCCUGGGACGGCGAUUUGUCCUACGCCGAAGUGGACUCCCUAUCCACCAAUCUCGCGUCGCGACUCCAGGCUAUGGGAGUUGUGCCAGAAGAUAUCGUCGUUCUUUGUUUUGAAAAGUCAUUGUGGGCAGUGGUGUCAAUGCUUGCGGUGGCAAAGUCCGGGGCGGCAUUCGUACACAUUGAUCCAAAUGGUGCUGCUAAGAGGAAUAAGUCUGUGGUCGAGCAGACUGGGGCCAGGAUUGGGCUGUCUUCGUCAGAACAAUACAACAAGCUGACAAGCCUCGUGGAAACACUUGUUGUCGUCGACAAGACUUCCAUGGAGAAUUCUUCAAACUUUGCGAUUUCGCUUACCCAUUCUGUUACUCCUCUCAACACACUUUACGUCAUCUUCACCUCAGGAACAACAGGUACACCAAAGGGAGUGGUGAUCCAGCACAAGUCAUUCUGUUCAGCCGUGGCAUACAACACCUCCUGGCUGCAAAUCAAGCCCGAGUCCCGCGUCUUACAGUUCACAAACUUCUGUUUCGACGCCUCUCUCGAAGAGAUUUUCACCGUUCUUGCCGCGGGUGGUUGCGUCUGCAUUCCGUCCGAGGAAGAGCGCAUGUCCGACAUCCCCGGAUUUGUCGCGCGUAAGUGGGUUAACUGGGCUGCUUUCACGCCAUCUUUCCUCCGUACUCUUGAUCCCGAUGAUUUGGAAUCCGUCAAGUUCAUCACCGUCCAUGCGGAGCCGAUGGGCCAGGAUCUUGUGGCUCGUUGGGCUGGGAAGAUCCACAUGAGGCCUAGCUACGGGCCGACGGAGUGCUCAGUGACCAGCACCAUUGGAGCUCCGUUCAAGGUAGAUACAGUCGCUACGAACAUCGGUUGGCCGGUUGGGUGUCGCGCUUGGGUUGUACAUCCGGAGAACCACCACAUCUUGAUGCCCGUUGGGGCUGUUGGCGAACUACUUCUCGACGGGCCCAUUGUGGGCAAAGGCUACCUCAACGACGAGACCAAAACCGCGACCGCGUUUAUUGAGCCUCCCGCAUGGGCAUCUGACAAGAAAUUUUCACUAAAAGGUAAUAGAGGCACUCGAAGAUUGUAUAAGACGGGUGAUUUGGUGAGGUAUGCCGAAGAUGGAAGCCUCUUCAUCCAACGCAGGAAAGAUCACUCGCAAGUCAAAAUUCGUGGCCAGCGAGUUGAGCUUGGCGAAAUUCAAUAUCAUCUCAACAAUCUCUCUGGAAUCAUUGUGCACAGUAUGGUCCUGGUGCCGGAAUUGGGUAAACUCAAAGAACGCCUUGUGGCUGUCGUGAGCCUGACAGUUUUAUCAUCGGAUCUCGAAACACGCGCUUACAACCAAGACAUUACCAUCGUCGAAAAGGAGAAUCUCAGUCAGGAGAUGCGCCAGAAGCUGACUAAUGCGCUGAAUACAAUGACUUCGGCGCUCGAGAGAGAGUUGCCUCAAUACAUGAUCCCGGAAAUAUGGCUCAUUGUCAAGAGCCUCCCAGUCCAGCUAUCACUCAAGCUAGAUCGGCAACGAGUCAUGAGCUGGGUAGGACAGAUUGACCAUCGAACCCUCUCGGCCGCACUUGAUCUUCAUCAAGAUGGUGACUCAGAUCAUAAAAGUGGCUCUUCCACGGAAGAAACUUUGAGGGGCAUAUGGGCGGAAAUCCUUGGGCUUGAACCUCAUCGAAUUGGAUUUGAGCAGUCGUUCUUCAGACUUGGAGGAGAUUCUAUCUACGCGAUGCAAGCAAUGAGACUCUGCAAAGCAGUUGGCCUCGACGUGACAACACAGGAUGUUCUCGCGAACCCAACAAUCAGGCUUUUGGCAUGCAAAGUUACGAAGCGAGCCACCAGGCCCGAAAUGGACCACGCCCUGCCUAGGAUAACAAGCAAUUCUGCCCCUGUACCGCACUCUGUCCUAGCUCACGACAAUGUCGAGACCGUGUCACCCUGCUCGCCGUUCCAGAACAGGAUGUAUCAAGCGUUCCUUAGCAAGCCUCAGAGACCAUACUUAUUCAACAGUCUUGUUUUGUUGAAUGCCAUUCAAGGUUCUUCGUCUGUCGACACCGGCGCGCUUCUGGGGGCGUGGCAACAAACCAUCACUCGGCAUGCGAUAUUGAGGACUGUCUUUAUCCGCGACCUUGCCUCGGGAGCUAUCUUCCAGAGAGUGCUCAAAGAGCACAAGGCUGACAUCACCGUCCUUAAAGUCAGCUCAGUGGAAGAAGCCACGAAAGGAGCUGGGCUCCAUCUCGACACCGUUCGCUCGAAUUUAUUCAAGGACGACUCACCUCCAGUUUCGGUGCGCCUUUUUGUUAGUUCUUAUGGAGAGAUAUUCGUCCACUUCGUCAUGGGACACAUCUUGAUUGAUCAUGUGAGCUUGGCACACGUCUUCUGCGACUUUGUCGCGCUCUAUUGUGGUCAGAGCCCAGGGGCAAAGCCUCUGACCGGUUUUCAUGAUUACAUCGAGCACAUCAACUCUCAGCGAGAUGUCCACGCAAGCAGUGAAUACUGGAUCGACAAGCUACAGGGCGUAAAGCCAUACAUGGUCCCAAUCGAGACUAUGGUGAGAAGCGGCCCAGACCCUCAUACCAUGGGUUCCAUCAACUUCGUAGUUGAUAUCACAGUCGAGAUGAAGCAGUUUCUCUGCGAGGUCGGGGUGACUCUUUCGAACGUUCUUCAAUUCGCAUGGGCUAUGCUCCUCCAUGUUUACACUGGUCAUUCUACCGUUUGUUUUGGGCAUCUAGUCUCUGAUCGAGACAUUGACUUGCCGCACGCGGAUGAGGUUGUCGGACCAAUGCUAUCAAUGAUGAUAGCCUGUGCUAGUUUUGACGAUUCGACGAUGAUUAUUCAGGCCCUGCAGGGCUUCCAAGAUGAGAACAUCCGCAGCCUGAACCACAAGACCUUUGACUUGACCGAAGUCGAGCGUCAGCUAGGGUGCGAAGGUACUGGACUUUUCAAUACGCUAGUCAACCACCGAAAGGUCAAGUACUUGGAUGAUGAUAUCGAGAUUGGGUUCCGAUCAAUCUGGAAGCAGGAUCCCCACGAGGCAAGUCAAAAGCCAUGCUCUUGA